AGGGAGACUUGGGGGCCCCCCAACCUCGUCUUGGGGCUUGGCCCCCGGCGCUGCUUGGAGGGGAGGCCGGCGCCCCCACCCUCGGGGGCUGCCCUCUUCCCAUCUGGCUCCCUGCCCAGAGCUGCCAAAGCUGGAGCCCCCUCCGCACCUGGAAGACCCUGGCCACCAGCCCUCUGCAGGUGUCAGUUGCAUCCAGAGACCUCUGCUUUUGCAACUGCCUUGGAGUUGCCAGGGGAUCGCUGUCCCCCUGCCCAAGGGCAUCUCUUACCCGGUCCCUGCAGAGUCAUUCUUUGCCUCUGAGUUCAGCUCAGGUGGAGAUCAGCUCUGCACACCCACAGGCACCUCGAGGUCCCGGGGAGGCCACUCCUGGGACCCAAGGCCCCUCCCCCCGCUCUCCUGUGUCCUCACCUUGACCCCCUCUGCCAUACUCUGUCUCUUUCUGGGUGUCCCAUUCCCCUCCCAGAGGCAGAGGAGGCGGGGUGGCAGGGUCCAGGGGCUGGGGGAGGGCCGCCCAGGGCCAGGGUGGGCUGGGGGGCCGUUAAGAUGUGGAGCCCUGCCCAGCCGAGGGGGGCUCCGUGGAGGCAGACGCGGCGUGUGCCUGGCUGGGGGGAGCAUGGGCAGGCCUGCGGCCACGUGGUAAAGGAUGAACAUUCGGGGCGCCCCGGACCUCGGGCAGCCCAGUGACAACCCCAGUGGUGGUGGCGAGCGGGAGCGGAUUCGACAGCGCAUGAAGAUGGUCAUCGGGCAACUUGAGGGCAUCCUGCGGGAGCUCAAGGAGGUGGCCAAAGAGCUGAGGGAGGUGGUGAGCCAGAUCGAUAAGCUAACCUCAGACUUUGACUUCGAACUGGAGCCGGAUGACUGGACCACGGCCACUGUGAGCAGCACCUCGAGCAGUGACAAGGCAGGUAUGGGUGGCCCCUUCGACCUGGGCCACCUGGACUUCAUGACAGCCGACAUCCUCUCGGACAGCUGGGAGUUCUGCUCCUUCCUGGACGUCUCCACCCCCUCGGACUCCGUGGACGGUCCCGAGUCGACACGGUCAGGGGCUGGCCCUGACUACCGGCUCAUGAAUGGUGGCACACCCAUCCCCAAUGGGCCCCGCGUGGAGACCCCAGACUCCUCCAGCGAGGAGGCCUUUGGCGCUGGCCCCGCAGCCAAGAGCCAGCUGCCCCAGCGGACCCCAGGGACACGGGAGAGGGUGCGGUUCAGUGACAAAGUGCUCUACCACGCCCUGUGCUGUGACGACGAGGAGGGGGACGGCCAGGAGGAGGCAGAGGAGGAGGAGGCAGGCCUGACCCCUGAGUCCACCCACCCGGAGGCCCAUGCGGGUCCCCACAAGCCCUCCUCAGCCCCCUACAAGCCAAGACGCUCUCCACUAACUGGCCGCCGCUCAGGCCCCACCUUGGCCCUGGAACAGACCCGAAGGGUCACAAGGAACAGCAGCACCCAGACGGUGUCAGACAAGAGUACGCAGACGGUGCUGCCCUACACGGCCACCAGACAGAAGGCCAGGGGGAAGAACUAGGGGCUGGGGAGGGGCUGGGGACAGUGGGCACAUAGAGCUAUAAAUAUAUAUAUAUAUAUAUUUAAACAAAUGCAGUCAUAAUAAAAUUCAAAAAUGCUAA